UAGCCGUGGUGUCAACAUGUGCAGUGUGUGGUUCAGCCUCAGCGUCAUCGCCACGGUGAUAUGUGUCGUGUCAGGAGCAGCGCUCAGAUCUUCAGCCAUUGGCUUCAGUGAUUUUAGUGCAAUUCCAGACUACAGCUUAUCGCAACCAGAAACAGGCCGGAGCCAUGGUCGGUCUGAAGGACAAUAUAUUCGCACCAGGCGCCGAAUUCAGGGUGGACCACCAAGGAAUUUCAGGCCACAAGAUGUUUUUCAAAUCGAUGCGCCUAAUUUGAAUACACCAGACUCGCAGUUAUUCCCAGAUUCAAAUCACAGAAAUGUUCAGCCACUGGAAAUGAGGAACCCUCCACGUUCUCAAGUGGACGAACUUAGAGUUCUUCCAAUCCGAAAUCCAUUUGAGGAAGUAGCAGCGCAACGCAAUCCUCUUUACGCGGCAAGUAGACCGACGGAGGAGAUGCCAAGCUUCCAGAAAUUGGAACCUAUCCUCCAUCAAAAGAUACGGCCACCGGUAACCUACAGACUGCCAAGUGAACCUCAUUAUAUCAGGUCUCCUGACGACACGCGUCCUGCAACAGUCCUCCGCUACCCUGGCGAGCCUUCACCUAACCAAGCUUCAGGGGCGUUUGAAAUCUCGCCUAACGCGCAAGGGUACGAGCAAGAUUCAGUUCGGUACCAGCCUCAUCAUGGCAUACAGGGUACCAGGCAAAAUCAGGAGUUCUUUGAAACUGAUGACAACCGCGAGAAGAAUCUGGGGGUUCAAGAAGGAGGGAAAAAACCUAUCAGUGAACAAGAACGGGCUCAAAUUUCUCAGCCUCAUUUCGAUGAUUUCCUUAGAAAACAACAAGAAGAGUUGCAACUUUACCGAAGACUAAAAUCGGAGAAACUAAGACAAGAGCAAGAAGCAGCAGAAGGCAAACGUAGUCAACAACAGCAACAUCAAGAGGAGGAAAGAUAUUACCAGCCCCAACAACAGCACCAGUCGAAACAAUAUCAAUACAAACAACAUAAGCAACGACAUCAACAGGAGGAGCCUCGCCAUCAGGAACAAUUGAAGGCGGUUAACUCUCCUCUGUUCUAUGACGAAGUGGUCGGUGUGCAGCAGCCACCGAGGAACAGUGAACCAGAACUUGAUGACUACCAAAACCCUGAACAUUUCGCCUCUGUAGAAAAGAUUAACGAAAAGCGCAAGAUUGUUAAGAAGGAAACUCCUCGGCCAAGUCCCCACAGCUACAAGACAAGAGAACCAGUCGUCCUAAAACCAGUCUACUCCAAGGACCAGCCUCCCUCGUUUGAGGACCGAUCCAACAACGGGAGGUUGUCCCACAACAACGAAGUGUUGGACCAUCUGCCGGAGUACCAGGAGACCUUCGAGGUCUCGGGUGAGUCCAAAGAGAAGCGUCAGGCGCACCACGACGGGGGCUACAUGGACAACAACGGUCUUGAGUUUGCAGCAGCGGCGUCGGCAGCGGAGCACGCACACGGCUCGGGAGACGGACGACUGACGUUCCAGCUGCACGGACAGAAAGGGCCGCACUCCUACCGCUUCGGCUUCGACACCGGCAAAGGACCGCACCGGCAGUUCCGGUACGAGGAGCGUGACAACCACGGCGCCGUGAAGGGCCGCUACGGCUACUACGACAGUCACGGCAAAUUACAGAUGUACAACUACUCCGCCCACCCUGAGCACGGGUACGAGGCAGCCCCUGCACACUGACGUGGGCAUGUGUAUGGGACGCAGGCACGUAUACGAGGCAGCGGCUGACAACACGUUAUUUAUUAUAACACAAUACUAUGCAACACAGACACGGCGAUCGAGUGAUGCGUAAAACAAGUCCCAAGUCCCCCGUUCAGAAAAAAAAGAGUGGGACUUGUUGUCUAAAGAGUGAAUCUUUUUUAACCCAAAGCAGUAGCUGCAAGUAUUUGCACGUUUUAAUAAUUUCUCUGUGUGAAAUAUGUAACAACGAUAUUUCCCAGCACAUACGAAUCAGCAUUGGCCAUUGCCACGAAUUUAAUUACAAUAAUUCACAGACGUGCAAUUAACUUAGUUGAGAUUUUCUUAAUACUCAAGACUGGGUUACUUAUUAUCGCAUCAAAUUGUGUAUGUAUUGUUGUUCAUUGAUAUUUAUUGUUCUGACUGUACAUAUUGUUGUUGUUUUUAGUUUAGUGUAAGCCAAUUCGACCUAUAAAGAGCUUCGACAUUUUCAAAUAAACGGUGUAACAUUAAA